UAUGUUCCUCAGUUUCCCAUGGUGCAAGGCAUGAAUUUCCGCACGAUUACAUUUUCUGUUUCAGUCUUUAACUUGUUUAAAAUGUUCUUUGCCUCCUCUUGGCAAUAUAUUUUGUGUUCAUACCUCUCAAAUUCAAUGUCAUCUCUCAGUAAUCUGAGUUUCCCUCGCAUUUCAGAAUCAGCAUGUUGCGCAGUUUUUUUUCCCGAUCAUCUUUUUCGAUGUACUAAAAUCUCGAGGAAAGUGCCAAUGUUUGUUCGGCACGAGGCUUUAGGUGGAAGCUUUUUCGCUCAAACUCAUCCAAGGUGAAUAAAGCUUGGCUCACAGGAAAAUGAAUUUCACAAAGUAUGGAUUGUCAGACACAACUUGGAGCUGCUGCAAGAUGAGAAGAAAAAUCUGGACUCUGGAAAGAUGAAUAGAUUGAAGCACUCGAUCCUGGUGGUAAUCAGCUGUUUGCAUACAACAGCGCUGGAAUUUCCAUAGUCCGCUGUGUUUCUAGCAAGCCAGAAAGCCUUAAGCCUUGACAUUCCGAUCCAGGCCAAUCAUUUCCUAAGCCAAGUUGUAUUUGGUUGGCUAAAGAACAGUGCAAAUCGCCUACAUAAAUUCUACCCGGUUGUGGCAUCCUUCACUUAUCGCCAGCUAAUGAGUGUCACGGAGUCAAAUAUUGAUGAACUGGUCCAACUAGUUGGCAAUCCUCAGCCGGAACUCACCACUGGAGGAAAGAAGCGACUGGUAAAGACCAUAAUGAGCCUUCAUCGUCGCCAAUCAGUUCUGGUCAAAUGCCUUAAGGCGGUGAAAACUGGUGAACCACUUGUCGUGGAUCGCGCGCUUGCAGAAGUCCGCACGAUCAUUGCAACGCCACUCCUGAGAGUGUCAGAGAGGAGUCCUCACCUAACUGGCCUCAUCUUCACCAUUUUUAUUCUCGCCAAAGAGAAGAUGGACAUCAUGCCACCUUUGAGUCAGAGGGUGUUAAUGGAGGGGAACUUCUCCGCAAUUGCAAUAGAUAUUCAGAGCAACCCCAGCUUCAAUUUAGAGCAGCGACUCGUUGCCCGCAAUUACCUUCCUCCUGGCAACAAAGGGAAACCCUCACCUGUUUCUGAAUUGUUCGCGGUCGGAACACCAAUUGAACAGAAGCAACAACAGCAAACUUCGUCCCUGCAUGACAGGAGUGCAGAUCUCAGGAGACAGGACGAAGAGUUCCUGAAAGGGCUCCCUGACCUGUUGAAAGGCUUUGUCAGGGCUAAAUUGUAGUGCAGAUAGCAAGUGAUCGGUGACAGCAUGUACAGUGUUAUUUACCUUUUUAAGAUUUCUAUGUUUUACCAAAUUGAUUUGUUUUUUUCUCCUUUACCGUAAACAUGUCCUGGUAAGCAAUAAUCUUGUGGCUUAAAGUUGAUGAAUGCCUCUCAAAAAGACUUCAUUCUGAACUGUUUAUUAAAGGGGGCUAUUAGAUUAACAGAUACUUUUGAAAUGAUUUCUCUCUACAUAUUUUUGAUUUUAUUAUUUUAUAAACAUGAAGCAACAAUAUAAAGUGCCUCAAGUAUGGUACCUGUACCUGAUCUGCUUAAAGAGUUUAAAUAAUUACUCAAAAAUUUGGUUGACCAAUGCACAAACUACUCUGUCAGCAUUAAAUCCCUGCCAUUUAAAUUUUUCUCAGACGAUCUCAGGAAAGUCUUCGUUUUUGCAGGCAGUAGAGUUUUACCUAUUCCAUAAUUUUAGUUGUCUUUCCGUUUGGAUCUGGAGUCUUAAUUUCUUAAUUUUUGAUGCUCUCCGUCUGUAUGUAAUCACUUUCAAUACCUUAUGUAUUUUGCUGUGCAUACAUAUUAAAUUCUGAGUAUUGUCUGAUUGGUUGACCAAUGAAUUCAAGAGAAAUAUCUAUCUUUUCAAUUAACUCAGUUCCCCUUGCUGUUCGAUUUACACUUAAUAGUUGCUUGUUAGGUAUUGAAAUUUCUCACAUUAAGAAUGAUCUCUAUUCUAUAGAACAUAUUAUUCUUAUUGCUUAUUUACCAAUAAUGCAUUAUAUUUUUUUUUUCAUUGAAACUUGCGCAAACAUCUUUGUUAUUACCUUUGGAUAGUUUUUAAAUAUUUUCAUAGAGGAAUGUUGCGUGCAACACAAUAUUGUGUUUCAAAACUGGAAGUGGUUGAUUUGCAGGAAAAGCCCUUUCUAAUGCUGGAUUUCUUUGCUCCGUAUUAAUUCAUCCUUUGUUCCGAUCUAGAGGAACACUCACAGUGUCUGUACAUGAAUUAAUUUUUUACUUUAGUUACUGGAAGUGUUAUUGUCUCCAUUAAAAUUUGAGUCAAAAAUUUUGCGCUUAGGCUCAAAUUUUUUUUAUUUUUUUUUUGUUAAAGUGAAAGGGGCAAUUAUUGAGACACAAUUUCAUGGCUCCAGUGACUGCUUCUUUUUUCCAUACUCAAACAUUCCUUAAUUAGUUUUUCAUACCGUAACCCCAAAUAUUAAAAGUAUUGAAAAAAAGAAAUCCUGUUGUGUCAUCAAUGCUUGAAGCCAGAACUGAGCUUCUUACCUAUGUUUGUAAACUAGGCACUGUUGUAGAAAGAAUCUUCGAAUUCCACUAUUGUGUCAGAAAUGUAAUGAAUAUUCAUGACUAUUUGUUACCAAAUUUGGAUAGUUAAUGCAUAUAUAUAUUUGAGAUUGAGUUGCUUAGACUCCAAGAAAUUAAUAUUUCACAGCUUAACCACGUAUAUUAUCAGCCCUUUUCUUUUAACUCUUAUGUUAUUUAAACUCUGACCUUUUUAUUGAUGUAAGUCCUUGUUUCACCCCCCUCUUUUCCAUAAGGUGCAUAUGCCUCAAGGCGACCACCUUUUUAUUAGAAUGUAUUAUAGGCCUUCGGGCCGGGGCUCUGUCUUCCCCGGUUCCAAGUUGUAAUCUUUCUAAUAAACUUCCCUCUUUUUUCUUUGAGGAUUAAAAAAAAAAAAAAAAAAAAAAAAAAAAAAAACCACUUAUAUUGUUUGUCUGAAAGAGUGCAAUCUCAAGUAAGUCACACCUGAAAGUGUUGCUAUAAAUUAUGUUCUACAAAAUAAUUUGACUAGAGUACAAAAAAUGAGCGAAAAGAAUACUUGCAAGUCAGAAACGUUGCUUUAUAAGGUCAUUAUUCUCUCUAAUACUGCCAAUAAAUCUUCCAUCAUAUGGUACCCUUCGUACUGUGUCUGUUUUACAGUGAAACUAUUGUCAGAUUUGACCGAGAAAUGUGCUUUCCACGAGAGUUCGGUCAGUGGAACAAUUUUCUUCUUUGAGAAUCGUUCUCACUUUCAUAUUUUGUCCAGUGGUUGGUCAUUUUCUUGUAACCAUAAAUUUUCUUGUACUGUAAAAAGAGGUGAGUUAUGGAAUCAACUAAGUAAAAGAAUAAGCUUUUUGUCUGUCCUUAUUUUUCUUCAAGUGGAACAGUAGCAACUUCUCUUGAGGAGAUUGCUAACCUCCUUACUCGAUUUUAAGUUUUUGCUCGAUAUAAUUGCGAAUUCCUGUAAGUUUUAUGACCUGCGUUUUUCUAUAUUCUGGUAUUUUCCAAUUUUAUUAGAUGCUCAGGAAAUCUUUGUCAUUACUGCUGUGCAAAUAUUAAUUUAAUCCACUGAAAGGCACCUCUACUCAUCACAAAAAUCAAUACCAAGGCAAGCCACUUGUAAUUCUGAUUUUCUCAGGGAUGUAUUUUUCCAAACUAGGAGACAUUAUUUGCUGUAUUGUAAUACAAAUUUCUAAGGCUGUAAUUUAGUAUACUGUCAAAAUGAAUUCACAGAAUUAAGGCUAUAUUUGAAUCAUAGAUUCUUUUUAAUUUGCCUUUACAAUUCUAAAUUAAGAUUAGGAUAUCUCUCCUAACCGGUGAUUAUCUUGUGUAUUAAAUCUGUGAAUUCCUACCAAAAUUUACUGCCAUAUUUUUGUACAUAAAUCAUUGUUUUAUUUAUUGAUUAUAAAUUGUCUUGAGGGAUUAGAUUUCCUUAAACCGGUGACUUUGUAAAUAUAACUGACCAAUUUUGUUACUACUUUAUAAGUUUAUUUCCGUGUAAGAAUUACAUCAUAACAUGAAUCACCAAA